UUGUUUUCCGUAAGGUUAUAUUGACUGAUUGCCCUGAACCUUUGAUCCCUGUUUGUUUGAUAAGUUAUCCCUACGUUCUAAAAGUACAAAACUAGUAUCACAGUAGCGGUCGACAACAACUUAACUCCCUAUUCUACUCUUCUCUGAUUCGAAAAUAGGUCUACAUAUUCUACGUGGAAUCAGUCGUUAUAUACAGAUUCCCAACGUGCAUAUAUUGGUUCAGAACCAAGUUUGAGAUGUAUGGAAUAUUAUCUGCGUAUCUCUUGAUCACUACUAUAUCAAGGGUUAGCAGCAUCAGUGACUUGCCCCACAUCAUCAUUAUCUUAGCAGACGAUCUGGGGUGGAAUGACGUGAGUUUCCAUGGCUCUAAUCAAUUUUUAACACCCAACAUUGAUGCUCUGGCAUACUCUGGAUUGAUACUGAAAGACUACUACACACAACCGAUUUGCACACCUUCCAGGGCCGCUUUACUCUCUGGCAAACAUCCAAUACAUAAUGGAAUGCAGCAUGACGUCAUAUAUGCACCGGAACCAUGGGGUCUGCCGCUGACCGAGAAGUUGAUGCCGGAAUUCUUACAGGACUUAGGGUACACAACAAGAGCUGUGGGCAAAUGGCAUCUGGGGUUCUUUAAGGCAGACUACACUCCCUCCAGGAGAGGAUUCGACUCGCACUACGGUGCCUGGCUAGGCCAUCAGGACCACUACACUCACAUGGCAUUCGAGAAACAUCCGGGUUUUGACUUCCACAGAGAAUUGAAUGUCUCUUGGGAAGCAAAAGGUAAGUAUGCUGCUGAUAUCUUCACUGAAGAGGCGGAACACAUAAUCCAAGAACAUGACGUCGAGUCACCGCUGUUCUUGUACCUCGCACACAUCUCGCCUCACGCACCUCUCGAGGCACCACAAGAUCUGAUCAACCAGUUUAGAUACAUACCAGACAGGAAAAGACGCACAUUUGCAGCUAUGGUGACAAAACUGGACGAAUCCGUGGGCCGAGUGACCCAAGCUCUCAGGGACAAGAACAUGUUAAACAACUCCAUCAUUCUGUUUUUAUCCGACAAUGGAGGAGCCACAAACGGUUUUAAUGGCAAUGUUGCUUCAAACUGGCCUCUUAGAGGGGGCAAAGACACGUUGUGGGAGGGAGGGGUGCGAGUAGUAGGAGCGGUGUGGAGUCCCUUGCUGUCAGGAACACCUAGGGUCCAUCGAGGACUAAUCAACUCCGAGGACUGGCUACCCACACUCCUCUCAGCUGCCGAAGGAUUAAAGGACGAAGAUGUGAACAAGUUCGAUGGUUUUAGCCAAUGGGAUGCUCUAAACAAGCGGGGCACCGCACCAUAUGACACACUAUUGCACAACAUCGAUGACAAUCGUACGAUACGAGCAAUCAGGAAGGGGCCUUGGAAAAUAGUAAUAGGUAGGACGUACGGUGGCCAGUAUGAUGGCCACUAUGGCAAGUUGAGUGGGAAGGUGGCCUAUGACCCGGAAGUAAUAAGGGACAGCAUGGUUGGUAGAGCAAUACAGGACACUUCCAGCCCCCUUCCCAGUUCACAAAUAAUGUUGGACCUGAGAGCUCAGGCUACUGUCACUUGCACGCCCUCUUCCGAUGUAGCUCCUCAUGUCAUACAAGUUCGGGAAAUCAAUUCCAUAGAACAAGGAUUUAGAUCGCAAAGAAAAGAUACCUCUGAGUGUAAACCACACAUAGCUCCUUGUCUUUUCAACAUAGUGGAGGAUCCGUGUGAAUACCAUAACCUGGCAGCUGAACGACCUGAUGUGGUUAAUGAUUUGAUUGAACUGCUGAAGAGCUACCAUCCCGUACCAAUCAACAACAAACCUGAAGACCCUCGCAGCUUCCCGUCCAACUGGAACAACACCUGGACCACUUGGAUGGACUUUGUAUAGUUCAAAAACAAGUUAUGCAGCUUUUAUCUGUGUAUAUUUAGAGAUUAAUAUCAUUAUGAGGAACUCACUACUUAUGUAAUCUCAAAAACAUCAUGCAAUAUUGUAUUAUUUAACAGGUGUCUGACACCUGGUGGAUGAACAAAUAAUUUGUUAUUGGUAUUAACUAAGGAACAGCUCUAACGACUAACUGCACAAACUAGCACAGUAUUAUGACUAGCUUUAAGAAUGUAUUUAUCUAAUUAAACUUAUUUAUAACUGUG